UACUUAGUAGUUCUUGUUGUUCAACGUUUAACAAAACGCAAUUUCAAUUUUAUUAAUACUGUUUUAUUUUUUAUUAUUGUAGAAUUAGUGAUAAAUUUACUGUCUAUAUUAAUAACCCAGUGUAUAUAAUAAUUUGUGAGGUAUUUACAAGUGUGAACAAUGUCAGCUAUUGCUAGUGACCAAGAUACAGAAUCAUCAAACUUUGGUUCUCCCUCUCCACUAUCACAAAACGUGUUCAUAGAGUCCCCAUACAGUUCUCCAUCGCAACAAGUUCCUCAGCUAGCAUUCUCACUGAAUAGCUUGUCUUGUACGGACAAAAAUUACAAUAUGCAUUAUGAGUAUCAACCAUGCCUACGUAUCGUUGAGCAGCCCCAAGAUCACUUCAGGUUCCGAUAUAAAAGUGAAAUGGUUGGAACUCACGGGUGUCUACUCGGUAAAUCGUAUGUGGCUAACAAAUCGAAAACUCAUCCCACAAUAGAGCUGCUAAAUUAUUCGGGACGGGCAAUUAUAAGAUGUCGAUUGGCUCAGCACAACAAUGAAAAGGAGCAUCCUCAUAAGCUUCUCGAAGAUGAACAAGACAGAGACGUAAGCUACGAAGUGCCUGAACAUGGAAGCUACAAAGUUGGCUUUGCUGGUAUGGGAAUAAUCCACACAGCAAAAAAGGAUGUCCCAGGAUUGUUAUACAAUAAGUAUGCACAGCAAAAUAGUAGAAUGAAUUCUAGGGAGGUUCGCACUCUAUGCGAAAACGAAGCCAAAAACAUUAAUCUCAAUAUAGUUAGAUUGAGGUUUAGUGCACACGAUAUAAAAACUAAUGAAGAAAUCUGUCCACCGGUGUUCUCCGAGCCCAUUCACAACAUGAAGAGCGCAGCUACUAACGACUUGAAAAUAUGUCGCAUCAGCCGUAGCUGUGGCCGGCCCAGGGGCGGAGACGAUGUAUACAUUUUUGUAGAAAAAGUAAACAAAAAAAACAUUAGGAUACGGUUUUUCGAGAUUUCUGACAGUGGGGAGGAGGUCUGGAGUGCUUUUGCACAUUUCUUAGAGAGUGAUGUGCACCACCAAUACGCGAUCGUUUUUAGAACACCAAAAUAUGCGGACCCACACAUAACAGUGGACGUGAAAGUGUUCAUAGAACUGGUACGACCACUGGACGGCCGGACAAGCGAACGCAAAGAAUUCACAUAUACAGCGGAACAGGUGUUCAAGCAGAGCAAGAAAAGGAAGGCAAAUUCAAGCUACUCAUCACUAAAUUCUAACAGUAGUUCUAUAAAGAGCAUUAACGAGGUUCCAGCUACAGUGAUGUUCCAAAGGACCAACAUGUGCGUUGAUGAUCCCAAAAACGAUUUUAAUAUGUUCACAGUCCAAACCAUACCCCAAAUUCCAGCAUCGAAUCAUUCGCCUAAUAACGAUCUAGGGGAAGCUCUCAUGCUGAACAUACCGAACCAGGAUUCCAACAACAGGCAGUUGUACCUUGUGAACGAUAUUCCUCAAUCAGGACAGCCUUCAUUGCCAGAUUUCACCUCCACCGAGCUGAGGCAGUACCUUGAACACAAUUCAAGUAUUUCAAUUGAAGAUAAACAACGAUUUUCCGAGCUGAACUUGGCUGAGUACAUGAACUCCUUCCCAGAUAUUGAUAAUUUACCUGAUGAGCCAAGCGGUAUGGACUACGUAACAAGUAAAUAUAAACUGAUUUCUGACUCUGGUCGAACAAAGGGGAGUGAAAAAAAGGCCAAACUAACUACUGAGGUGAAAUCAACUAAAAAUGAGGACGUGAAGCCUACAAUUGAAACAGCGAACAGCGAAUAUUCGGCAUCUUAUACCUCAGCAGAUGGGAUGGCAGUGAAACAGCUGGUCGCUGAAAUAUGUGAAAUAAUACGUCAGAAAAAUCCAAUGAAAAACCAAAUAGUAAGAGAGAAAUUGGAACAGUUAUUCGAGAAAAGAUUAACUAAUGGUGACACAUUCUUGCAUAUGACUCUAUGUAGCAAGCAGCCUAGUUUAAAGUACAUCGUGAAACUCAUACACAGUAUGAACAUGCCCCAUUUGUUGAACUUGAAGAACAAUUUAUCGCAGACUGUGCUACAUUUAGCUAUCGUCCAUGAGUCACCUGAGCUUAUAACAUUCCUAGUAUCUAAAGGUUGCGAUCCAAUGAUGCCGGACAUCGAGGGUAAUAAUGCGAUCCACUACGCAGUAUGCCGCCAGCGCUCCGCAAGCAGUCUUGAAGCGUUAUUAGACGCCAUACAGAAGAAUAAAAUUACACACGACUUGAACGCAACAAACAUAGAAAACCAAACGGCGCUGCACCUGGCGGCGAUUUACGACUCGAGCACGAAGGCGCGCGCACUUCUGUCGCGCGGCGCCGACUGCGGGCGCCGCGAGCUGCGCGCGCGCACGCCGCUGCACCGCGCCGCUGACAUGGACCACGUCGACGUGCUCCGCGAGCUGCUGCUGCACGCCUCCCAGAGCGAUGUGGACGCCGUUGACGAGACCGGUUACACUGCGUUGCAGAUCGUUUGCGGUGGUGGGAUGAAAAAGAAUACACUUGAAAUGGUUAAAUUACUUUUAGAGAAAAAGGCUAAUCCAACUUUCAACGGGAAUAAAUCGGCAUGGCACCUGGCGAAGCAGGAGCCCGAAAUCAGGGCUGUGAUCAAAUCGUAUACGUCUGCCGAUCAACUGGAGAUGAUUAAUGAGGACGAUAUAAAGUCCGAACCAGAAGACGAUGACUUCAAAAGCGAAGUAGACGACGAAUCGGAUACUGAAAGUUGUCCAUCGGGAUCGUUGGGAGACACAGAGAUGCGGAGUGCUGAAGGUCUGAGGGGGCUGGUGCAGUACCGGCAGGAGGUGGCGGCUCUGCUGGACGCGAGCGGCGGCUGGCGGCAACUCGUAGCGCGUCUGCAACUCGACUCCCUGAUCAGCUGGCUCGAGCACACUGGCAACCCUACUACUACAUUGCUCAAUUAUCUUAAGGAAAGUGGAGAUAAAAUAACGUCGAGGUCACUCGCGAUGAUUCUAGAGAGCAUCGGCCAACAGGCUGCGGCUGCGAUCGUCCGGAACUACAUUGAUUGACGGCGAGCUCGACUUUUAAGAAGACGGCAUUUAUAGCAUAAGAAAUAAUUGUAAAUACUUAGCUACAUGUAAUUAAUUUAAUCAAUUCUAUUAUUUGCCAUGAAAUUUCAAAUUUUUAUUUUGAUUAUUACCUAUUAGUAGAGUAUUGUUAUGAUAUGGAUAUUUACUUGGAAAUGUAGAAGAAAAUAUUGUAAGUUGCAAAACUAUUUCAUUAACUGUUAUGUUGUUUUAUUAUUUCUUAUUUACAAAGGAAUUAACACUAAAGCGCCGUUUUUUAUUGUUAU